GAAGUUUUGUGAUCAGAAAUGGGAUCUUCUCAUAGUAUUGAAAUACCAGGAGGUGGCACAGAAGGUUACCAUGUAUUGAGGGUACAAGAAGGUUCUCCUGGUGAGAAAGCUGGACUUGAAGCAUUCUUUGACUUCAUUGUAGCUAUUGGAAAUAUCCGCUUGGAUCAAGAUAAUGAUACAUUAAAGGAACUUCUUAAAAAUGGUGCAGAGAAAAGACUAACACUUACAGUAUAUAGUAGUAAAACACAAUCUAUAAGACAAACUGUCAUAGUACCUAGUUUGACAUGGCAUGGACAUGGUCUUCUUGGUGUUAGUGUAAGGUUUUGCUCUUUUGAAGGUUCUAAUGAAAAUGUUUGGCAUGUUCUUGUAAGUAUAUUAAAGAAACAAGUGACAUAUAUUAGUCCUUUGUGCUUUCUCUGUAACAAAAUUUUUUAUUCAUAAUCUGAGGAUUUAUUUACAUUAAUAGAGACACAUGAGUCUAAGCCUUUAAAGUUAUAUGUAUAUAAUACAGAACAUGAUUCUUGCAGAGAAGUUACAAUUACACCCAAUCAUACCUGGGGAGGGGAAGGAAGUUUGGGUUGUGGUAUUGGGUAUGGAUAUUUGCAUAGAAUACCCAUUAGAAAUAUUCAAGAACAUAAAUCUAAUAACUCAUACAUGAGUAAUGUUAACAUUACUGUUCCAAGUCACUCCUCAACAACAAGUACUCCUCAUACAGGAGGAAGUAAUGUGGUUACGAAUGUACCCCCUGGUUUCUCUAUCCCACCUAAUUAUGUUUUAUUACGAGAAAAUACUACAAAAUCUGAACUUGAAACUACUACAACAACGCCAACUAUGCACAUGCAAACUCAGUUAAAUCCUGCCACAAUUGGAGGAUCUACUACUACUACUACCAUACCUCAUGUUGUUUGUAAUCAGACUACUCCAAAUAUGACAGGUGGCAUUGAUUCUGUGUCUCAUCAAAAUACAAUGCCGGAUAUACCUAGUAUGCCAACUGCUCCACCAUUACCAACUUUUACUACUAAUACGACAAUUACGAAUGAAGCAACUAGGGUUGUUGGAACACCGAAAGAUUUUACAACUGUACAGAGCGGAAUAUCAUCCUCAACAGAGACUAAUGUGUCUGAAUCUCAUGUAGUAACGACACCACCAGCGUUACCUGACACGUUAUCAAUAGCGUUGCCCGGCAUGCCACCAAUAACGUUGCCCGGCAUGCCACCAAUAGCGUUGCCCAGCAUGCCACCUAUUACUGUUAGCGCAAAUCUACCACAAAAUACAUUUUUCUAUCACCUUCUUCAACAAAAUAAAUUAACUGGUGUUAAUACAGUUUCCACGUCUACGAUACCAUCAACGCAGUAA